UUCACUCUACACUUUUCAGAUCUCUCAUCAAUAGUCAAUACCCUCACCCCCAAUUUCUAGUUUAGGGCUUUUUCGAAACAUCCCCUUUUCCAGGUAAUUGAAUUGGAAAUAUGGGUGAUUGUUGUGAAAUUGAAGAAGGGGCGUAUGCGGAUAGCUUGCUGAAUCUGGAGUGGUUGAGGAGGAGUCUGGUGCGGGAGGAAGAUAGCAUCAUCUUCAGUCUCAUUGAGAGGUCCAAAUAUCCGAUCAACUCGCGAUUGUACGAUCAAUCCGCUGCGGCUGCGCCUUCUCUGCUGCACUUGUUCAUUAAGGAAUCCGAAGCUGUUCAAGCUAAGGCUGGUCGUUACACAUCACCGGAAGAAAACGCAUUCUUCCCGGAUAGUUUACCUCCUCUUAAACACAAUCCUGUGUUGCAUCCUUCAGGAGCAUGCAUCAACAUAAACUCCAAGAUACUCAACCAUUACCUCAACAUGCUGAUCCCUCUCAUUGCUGCCAAGGGCGAUGAUGACAGGAACUAUGCCGCCACUGCAGCCUCUGAUCUAGCAUGUCUGCAGGCUCUCUCAAGAAGGAUCCAUUAUGGCAAAUUUGUGGCUGAGGUGAAAUUCAGAGACUCCCCUCAAGACUAUACUCCGGCUAUACUUGCUAAGGACAAGGAUGGUUUGAUGAAGUUAUUGACGUUUGAGAGCGUGGAAGAGGCGAUCAAGAAACGAGUGGAGAAGAAGGCGAUGGUGUUCGGGCAGGAGGUGGAGCUUCAAGAAAAUGGCAGCUAUAAGGUUAAGCCUGAACUGGUUUCUCAGCUCUAUGGGGAAUGGGUGAUUCCUUUGACUAAAUUUGUUCAAGUCGAGUACCUUCUUCGUCGUCUUGAUUGAACAUUUUUCCAUUGUGUUAUCUCUUGAUGAACUUCAACACUCAGAUCAGCAUUCUUUCAUGUAUUUGAGUUUGUGUCCGAGGAAUUAAUAAAAUCUUCAAUACUUGCACCUUUUCUUCUUUGUGA